AUGGAGAUUUUAGACGAUAUCGAAGCAGAGUGUGUUCUUUAUGCAUUAUACGAAAAUAAUGAAUUAAAUAAAAAACCAAAACCAAAAAAACAGAGACGCCAUUGGGUACAUCCGCUGAACCUUAAACGGCCACAAGAAGGUCAAUUUCAGGUCACAUUCAUGGCAUUACGCAGUUAUCCAGAAGAGUUUGUUAAGUAUUACCGAAUGUCAAUUGCAUCAUUUGAUGAGCUGAUAUCAUUGAUUAGACUACCUUUGACCAAACAAGAAACUGGUUUACGAGUACCAAUCUCUUCAGAAGAAAGACUUACUGUUACACUGAGAUAUUUGUCGACUGGGACCAGUUUCUCUGCGCUUCAUUUUGAUUUUCUGAUGGGCGUGUCAACAAUAGCGAAAAUCAUACAAGAAACAUGCGAAGCGAUAUGGACACAUUUACAACCCAUAGAAAUGGCUGCUCCAACAGAAGAAGAUUGGCUAGGAAUAUCAGAAGGAUUUUACACUAAUUCUCAAUUCCCGAACUGUGUUGGUGCCGUAGACGGGAAACAUAUUAGAUUACAAUGUCCCCCGAAUAGCGGUACUUUAUAUCAUAAUUACAAACAUUUUUUUUCUUUAAUACUCAUGGCUAUUUGUGAUGCGAAUUACUGCUUCAGAGUUAUAGAUGUUGGGUCAUAUGGAAAAGAAAGCGAUUGCAACAUUUUCAAAAAAUCCAUAUUCGGUAAAAAAUUAUAUAAUAAUAAAGUUAACUUUCCACAACCUCGUUGUUUGCCAGGAGAUGAACAAGGCAUACCUCAACCGUUUAUUGUGGUUGGAGAUGAAGCAUUCGCUUUACAUACUAAUCUUUUACGGCCUUUCCCCGGAAAAAGUCUGAACGAUAAAAGGCGUAUAUUCAAUUACCGCCUAUCGAGAGCAAGACAAAAUAUCGAAUGUUCAUUCGGUAUACUUUCUAAUAAAUGGAGAGUAUUUCAUACCACUUUAUUAGUUGAACCGAAUUUCGCGGUUGCAAUCACAAAAGCGGCUUGUGUUUUGCACAAUUUUGUCAGACGAAGAGAUGGGUACAACUCUGAGGAUGCUCAGAUUUGUAACAUGGAAAAUAUAACACGAAGAAAUGGAGUAGGCAAUUCCACAUCGAAUGCAAAAGACGUGAGAGAAUAUUUUGUUAAUUAUUUCAACAACCCGGCUCAUGAACUAAGUUGGCAAAAAAGGGUGAUAUGA